CGACAAUAGAAGAAGUUUGCCGAUCAACAGCAGACAGUGGUCCUUGCGGCAAUUACGCGGAUAUGUUCUACUAUGAUGCAUUCUCCGGCAAAUGUCAUCCGUUUAUCUACGGCGGUUGUGGCGGAAAUUUGAAUAAAUUCAAAACGAAGGAAGAAUGCGAAGCACGCUGUUCGCACAUUGGUGCAGACAGAAAUGCGCCCCGUCCCGUGUCCAGCUUGCCACUGGAGCGCGGUUCUUUGGCACAACCUGUACUGUUGCCUGGAUCCAGUCCUGUUGUUUCAGCGCCCGGUAAAAUUUUCGUUUUUUUUUUGCUUAUUCUUUGAUA